AUGGACAAAGAUACCAUCAAGCAAUAUCUGGCUGACAGCCCGCCUUCGGUCGUGCCACUCAGCAUCAAACCUCAUUUCGAGGCUCUAAGCGACGAAGAGAAGCUUUACGCUCACUAUAUCUCUGUAGCCUGUUAUGCCGGCUCUCGCAUCGUUCUACGCCAAGUCUCGCCCGAAUCCGAACACAUUUACGAUCUCAUCGUUGGCCUGUAUCAGCAUGGCAAGGGAGAUUGGAAGGCCCUACAGAAAGAAGCUGGUCUCUCGGAUGAAGAGCUAACCGAGUUUCUCAACUACGCUGCUCAGUUCCUCGGUAACCUGGGCAAUUACAAGUCCUUUGGUGACUCAAAGUUUAUCCCAAGGUUACCCUCGCGCCAGACAAAAGCACUUGCAACGCUGUCCCCAAAAACCCUAGAAUCGUACGAAAAGGCAAAAGAUGGAAUAUACGAGACCAAGUCCGUUGGACUGAUGCACCUUGGCUAUCCCGAUGCCGGCCACCUUUCCACAUACUAUCCCCAAUCGCCCGAUAUCACGAAAGAGGAGAUUACGAAAGUCAGUGACUUUAUGGAGAGCAAAAAGCUCCUGCCCGAAAACACGCGUAUCCGGAAGACUUCCGAAGGCUUCGAGGUUCUGAUAGCCUCUGCUGAGACCGAUCCCUCGGAGAGAGAUAUCCCUGAAUCGGAAUGGACUCUAGACGGAAAGAAAGUCAAGCUCGUCUUUGGAGACUACUCUAUUGAGAUGAAGAAGAUAGCCGAUGCCCUUGAGAAGGCAGGCCAGUACGCUUCGAACGACACCGAGAAAGCAAUGCACAAGGAGUAUGUGAAAUCAUACAAAACUGGAUCUCUCGAGGCAUACAAAGAGAGCCAGAGGCAGUGGAUCAAAGACAAAGGACCAAUGGUGGAGACGGAUAUCGGAUUUGUCGAGACUUACAGAGACCCCCACGGUAUUCGUGGCGAAUGGGAGGGCUUUGUUGCUAUGGUCAAUAAAGAGCGAACCGAAGCCUUUGGCAAGCUGGUCUCAGCUGCACCCGAUCUCAUACCAAGACUACCUUGGAGCGCGGAUUUUGAAAAGGACAAGUUCUUGAGCCCAGACUUUACCUCUCUCGAGGUACUUACCUUUGCCGGAUCAGGCAUUCCUGCUGGCAUCAACAUUCCCAAUUACGACGACAUUCGCCAGAACAUCGGCUUCAAAAAUGUCAGUCUAGGUAACGUCCUUGGCGCAAAGGCCCCCAACGAAAAAGUACCAUUCAUCAAGGAGAGUGAUCUGGCGGUUUAUCAGAAGUACCGUGACGCAGCAUUCGAGGUUCAGGUGGGCUUACACGAACUACUUGGACACGGUUGUGGCAAGCUCCUGCAAGAAACAAAGCCUGGAGAGUUCAACUUUGAUAGGAAGCUGAAGAAUCCGCUCGACGGCCAGGAGAUCAAGACCUGGUACGGUCCUGGCCAGACCUGGGGCAGUGUGUUCGGUCCGAUCGCGGCAAGUUAUGAAGAGUGUCGAGCGGAGUGCGUCGCCAUGGCCCUGACCUGCGACUUCGACAUCCUUGAGAUCUUUGGCUUAGGCAAUGGAAAGGAUGACAUCGAUGGUCCAGCAGGUGACGUGCUCUAUGCCAGCUAUCUGAGCAUGGCUCGCGCUGGUAUCGCUGCUCUCGAAUUCUGGGAUCCAAAAAGCCGCAAAUGGGGCCAAGCGCACAUGCAAGCACGCUUCUCUAUCCUCCGGACUUUCCUCAACGCCGGAGUUGAAUUUUGUGAGCUCGAAUACACCAAAGAUGACCUCUCUGAUCUCACCAUUCGACUUGAGCGAUCCAAGAUUCUCAGUUUGGGACGUCCAGCUGUGGAGGAGUAUCUGAAGAAGCUGCAGAUUUACAAGGCUACUGCGGAUGUCAAGCAUGGCACCCGUAUGUAUAACGAGAUCACAGACGUGGAGCCCUUCUACGAGACCAAAGUCCGGCCAGCCGUUUUGGCGGCGAAACAGCCCAGGAAAGUGUUUGUGCAAGCUAGCACUUUCAUUGAGGGCAACAAGGCCGUCUUGAAGGAGUACGAUCCGACUCCAGAGGGAAUGAUCCAAAGUUUCGCAGAGCGAAGCUACAUCUAG